AGGAACAAUGGCUUUGACGUCCUCUAUCACAACAUGAAACACGGACAUUUGUCAACAAAAGACUUAGCAGACUUUAUAAGAGAAAGGGCUACAAUAGAGGAGGCAUAUUCAAGGUCAAUGACAAAACUAGCCAAAUCAGCAAGCAGUUACACACAACUUGGGACGUUUGCACCAGUUUGGGAUGUUUUCAAGACUUCAACAGAAAAACUAGCAAGCUGUCACUUGGAGCUUGUGCGGAGGUUACAAGAGCUAAUAAAAGAAGUUCACAAGUAUGGAGAUGAACAAAUCAAAGCUUAUAAAAAGACUAAAGAAGAUGUUUCAGGAACGUUGGAAGCAGUGCAAAAUAUUCAAAGUAUCACUCAGGCCUUACAGAAAUCAAAGGAAAACUACAAUGCAAAGUGUGUUGAACAAGAACGUUUGAAAAAGGAAGGAGCAACACAGAGAGAAGUUGAUAAGGCAGCAGUUAAAUCAAAAAAAGCUACAGAUACCUAUAAACUAUAUGUGGAGAAAUACGCUGCAUUUAAAUCUGAUUUUGAACAGAAGAUGACAGAAACUGCACAGAAAUUUCAAGACAUUGAAGAAACACACCUUCUUCGUAUGAAAGAGAUUAUAGAAUCAUUGUCAAAUACCAUAAAAGAAAUUCAUUUACAAAUAGGAGAGGUGCAUGAAGAGUUUAUUAAUAACAUGACAAAUACUACAGUUGAGAGUUUAAUACAGAAAUUUGCUGAGUCAAAAGGAACAGGCAAGGAGAGACCUGGCCCUAUUGAAUUUGAAGAAUGUAACACAUCCAGUGCAGUUGAAGGGAUAAAACCACGGAAGAGGAAGCCUUUUGGUUUAUCAGGAAUAAUGAAAAAAGAAAAAGAUACUGAGUCUGUGGAGUGUCCAGAUGCAGACUCAGUUAACAUUCCUGAUGUAGAUGAUGAAGGAUACAGCAUUAAACCAGAAGCAACACAGGAUACCAAAGAGAACCAUUUCUAUUCAUCCAGUGAUUCUGACUCUGAAGAUGAUGAACCUAGGAGGUUCCAUGUAGAAAUAAAACCUGUCCAGCCAAAUAAUAGCUCUCAAUAUACUAUGCCUUCCUUGGAUGAAUUAAAAGUAUCUAUAGGGAACAUCACUCUUUCUCCAGCAAUAUCUAGACACAGUCCUGCACAAAUGAAUCGAAAUUCAUCGAGUGAGGAGUUAACAAAAUCAAAGCUUUCUGCUCCAACAAAUGAAAAGGGGAACAGCAGUGACCUCCUGGCAUGGGAUCCACUCUUCAGCAGUUCUCUUGAAUCUUCCUCUUCAGCUUCCUUGGCAUCCUCAUCCUCCUCAGCAAGGCCCUCAACUCCUCUUUCUGUAGGCACCAUUGUACCCCCUCCAAGGCCUGCUUCAAGACCAAAGCUGUCUACUGGGAAACUUAGCGGGAUUAAUGAAAUACCUAGGCCAUUCAGCCCUCCAUUGACCUCUAACUCAAGUCCACCUCCUGCAGCUCCCUUGGCGCGUGCAGAGAGCAUUUCCUCAAUAUCCUCAUCUGCUUCCCUCAGUGCAGCAAACACACCUACAGUUGGUGUUUCACGUGGUCCCAGCCCUGUCAGCCUUGGAAACCAGGACACCUUGCCUGUUGCAGUAGCCCUUACUGAAUCUGUUAACGCCUACUUUAAAGGAGCAGAUCCCACAAAAUGUAUUGUGAAGAUUACUGGUGAUAUGACAGUAUCCUUCCCAAGUGGGAUUAUUAAAGUCUUCACCAGCAAUCCAUCUCCAGCUGUGCUUUGCUUCAGGGUGAAAAACACAAGCAAACUGGAACAAAUUCUUCCAAAUGCUCAACUUGUAUACAGUGAUCAGUCACAAAGUGACUCCAGUACCAAGGAUUUUUGGAUGAACAUGCAAGCUAUAACUGUCUACCUCAAGAAAUUAUCAGAGCAGAAUCCGUCUGCAUCCUAUUACAAUGUGGAUGUUUUAAAGUAUCAGGUAUCUUCCAAUGGCAUCCAGUCCACUCCCUUGAAUCUUGCAACUUACUGGAAAUGUAAUGCUAGCACUACUGAUGUGAGAGUAGAUUAUAAGUACAAUCCAGAGUCUAUGAAUGUGCCUAGUAUGCUGUCUAAUGUCCAGGUUGUGGUACCAGUAGAUGGAGGAGUAACAAACAUGCAAUCACUUCCACCCGCAAAAUGGAAUGCAGACCAGAUGAAAGCAUAUUGGAAAAUAUCUAGCAUUUCAGAGAAGUCUGAGAAUGGAGGUUCUGGAUCCCUCAGAGCAAAAUUUGAACUUUCAGAAGGACCCAGUAAACCAGCAACACUUGCAGUGCAAUUCAUUAGUGAAGGAAGCACCCUUUCAGGAGUAGAUGUAGAGCUCGUAGGCACUGGCUAUCGGCUUUCACUCCUUAAGAAAAGAUUUGCCACUGGACGGUAUAUGGCAGACUGCUGAUGUACCUGUGAAAGUCAUUGGAUCAAAGGAGUGCAAAAAGCUCACUCUGCCGUCUUUACUUUUCAAACACUAUUGUAAUGUGCAUUAAUUUUUUUCAAAAUGUUGACCUACUUUGAGGCUGAACUACAGAACAGAAAAUGCACUUUUUAAAGUCAUUUUGCAAACUUCGUAUUACUUUAUAAUAGCACUGAAGUUAACUUCAACACUGUCUGUAAAUGAUCAACUGCAAUAUUGGGGAAAAUUUGUUGAAAUUCUAAUAAAUUUAUGUAGAUGAAGUCAAAAUAGUAAUCCAUAGUUGUAAUGAAAGUAUGAAAUUGUAUGUUAUACUGUAAACAUUAAACCUAAAAAUGUAGGAGAGCGAGUUAAGAAAUAUUUGAGCUUUCCAUAAGUAAUACUCAUUUUUUAGAUUCUUUGUCAGUUUUUGAAGAAAGCAGAGGCAAAGUCUCAUGUAGUUCUUCUAUCCACUCAUGCCACAAAACCAGCUGAGUUAGAGAUGUAUACAAGAAAUAUAACUUG